UUAAAAAAGACCUAGACAAAAAGCUACAGACAACCGAAAAGCUGUCAUGUCGAAAUUGUUUCUUUUUUAAAAGCUGUAGAAAUAUAUUAUUUCAUGUAAUGGACGAUUUCGAGUGGAACGUUGUUCAUGAAGGACAAUUACUGGACGCGAUGGUAGGACAUAAACCAGUCGGUGUAAAUAAAUACUUCCAAAUGGCCUUUAUAGUUGAUAAAUUUACCGACACCAUAAACAAAGACAUAAACCCCCAAAAGAUAUGGUCCCACCUCGAGACUAUGUACAAUUUAGAAGCUUUAGACGAGAGUGAAUCAAUCCCAUUUCCCAACACCGAAAAGGACUUUGUGUUGCCUGAAUCUGACUUUGGUAACUUACUUACCAAAAAAGAUGAAGAUAAGACUAGCAAAACACAGCCACAAAAAGGUAGAGAAACCCCCAAAAACAUGAAGGAAAUUAAGAAAGAGGAUAAAGCCACUCCAAUUAAAAAAGAAGCACAACGUAGGGACAGUAAAGAUAGCAAAGACAGCAAAACACCAGUGGCCAAAAAGGAGGUCAAGAAAGAACCAGAGAAAACAAAACCUGCUGUAAAAGGUAGAAAUUCAGUGUCCACACCAAAAGAUGAUGCAAAAUCAGGUAAAAAUAAAUCAGAUGAGACUCCCAAACAAACAAAACGGCCUACACGAGGUAGUUUGAAACCAAAUGAUGACUCAGGAUCAAGUGGUAAGUCUAGUCCAAUCACAGUUACUCCAACAGUUAAACGGAGACGCAUAUAGGAUUCAGAUAAUUUUUGUGAGGCAUUGUUUUAAGUAUUAUAUGUUGACUACUAAAUUUUUGUAUUGUAUACUUUUGUAAAAAAUUGAAUUCGUUACUUAGUUCAGUCCCUUCCUUAUAAAAUUUGUUGAUUAAGUAAGGAAUUUGUGCCGUUUCAGUUUAAAAAUAAGUCUUCUGAAUUCACUUUUUUACUAAGUUGUAUAUAUGAAACAUGAAAUGUAUUAAUACAAAUAGGGAACAAUGUACAAAGAUAUUGUUACGAAUAUGUAUGUAAUGUUUAAGUGCCCCUUAGUAGAUUUAAAUCUCUGAAACUUGUAAAUUAUAUAUAUAAAUUAUAUAAUUGUAAGGAUACUUAAAAAGUUUUUUUUAUUGUAUGUCGAGAGAUGUAAAUGACUGAAAUAUCAUUUGUAUAAAUAUGGAUAUUGGUGUGUCACCAAUAAAUGUUGUUUUUGUGUUACGGACAGAUCUUGAUUUUUAUUUGUGUUAACCAAAGAAUUUUAUAUAAAAAUGUUGUCUUUAAUAAAGAUAAUAUAUAUAUUUUUCUGUU